AUGCCUACUGUUGAGAGUUCUUCGAUUCCGCCAAUUGAGAUCGGCUCAUUUGAUGCCUUCAACCCACAAAAGAGUGAAUUCAUCGGCAGCUCCAGCGGCGUCUUCUUUGUGAAUACUGUCUUUCAUACAUUCGCGAGGCACCGGCGAGCUGCGCCUCAAGGGGGCAUUGAGGCGCCAGAGCCAGCCGGGACACCGUCCGUCCACGAGUACGUUGGCACAGCAGAGCCCGAACAGCCAACAGCCACGCCAAGACCUCCUAUCAACGAUCUCAGCGGGCAGGCACAUUCAAAUGCCUAUGGCAUUGACCUACCAGGACUUGGCGAGCCUCCAUGUGAAAAGGUGGCAAAGAAUCUUAUGAAGCACUAUUUUCAAUACUGGCAUCCGUUUUACCCUUUUCUUCAUGGUCCCACCUUCUUCGACAGUCUCGAGUCUAUUUAUCAUAGCGAAAGCUCGAACCCGGAAGAUCAUUCUCAAGCCUACCAUGACAAGCUGUGUCGAGCUGUCACCUACCAAUGCAUCUUUAAUAUAGCUGCAUCGGCGCAUCCUCACAAAUUGCCAGAGGCUUCUCAAAUUCGAUCUCCGUCGGUUCUGACAGACAUUGUGGGAACAUUAUCGGCUCGCCAUGACGUUGCUUCCUUUCAAGCCUUGAUCGCUGUAGAGCUCUACCUUAUCUCGAUCAUGUCAUUGAGGCCGGCGUCUACAGUCCAUGGCCUCCUGGUUCGUCUCGUUUACCAUAGCGGCCUUCAUCGUUGCCCAUUUCGAUAUAUCCAGUUGACACGCGAGAUGUGCGAAAUGCGCAAACGAAUCCUGUGGUCGGUAUAUACCAUGGACAGGUAUCUAUCCCAGUCACUCGGUUAUCCUCUCGGACUUCAAGACUCGGACAUUGAUGUGUGUAUACCUGGUGCCGAAGAGCUACACAAACCCGUUACGUUGAGACUUGGUUCUGGAAACCCUGCACAUUCUUCUGUCGAAGAUACCCGGAGUCACUUGCCUCGCAGUCGCUCCACGCCUAGGAGCACUGAAGACAAUCAAUUGGUUCCACAAACACUGCAACAAAUGCCCAGUACAAUCAGCACUGGCUCAAUCGGCCAUGGCGGCAAUGACCCUCCUGCAUCCCAAACACCGGCAUUCCGCGUUCAAGGACAUUUUGUUACAUAUUCUCAGCUUGUAGCUGAAGCUCUGGAACUUUUCCAUAAAUCCCUACAUACGCGCUCUGCCACCUUGGAAAAAAUUACAGACUUGACAUGCAGGAUUCAAUCAUGGUGGAACGGACUUCCAGUUGAGUUUCAGGAUGACGAUAUUCUUGAUGGGAAAGAAAACGGAUCACAUGGGCCUUUUGUUGCCUUUUUCACAAUUUCUUAUCACCAUUUACUAAUUCUCAUCAAUCGUCCAUUUCUCUCACUGAAGCAGGACACCAUGGACUUUCGCUCGAGCCUGCAAAGAGCCAUUGGGGCAAGUCGUGGAGUGGUUUCAAAGCUCAGGCUCAUCUCUCAGGAUCCAUUCUUAACCAGCUGUCCAGCCAUACUCUCUGCAACCUGGAUGGCAGGACUGGUCCUCGCUUUCGCUACAAUGCUAGAUAUGUACCCUCUUUCAAAAGCAGACAUUGAAAUCAAUAAAUGCCUUGUGGCACUCCGGUCCAUGAGCCCCCGUUGGACCAAUGCUAGAAGUUGCCAGCAUGCUCUCAAGGCACUUCUAAGCCGCUUGCAUACACCAUCCAUCACUAGCCAGACCACCACAACUGAGCAAGCCGAAAACGGUGAUGACCGACAAAGUCUCAAUACCGAUGCGGCAGCCGCUGGCGAGACCGAGGAACCUCGCGCAACGAAGAGAAAGAGGAUAGAAGAUGCCUCCAAGUCAGCCACGAGCACGCGAGUACCUGCAGAGAAUCUGAAUCAACCUCUGUCAGAAGAUAUUCCCGCAUGGCCCACAUGGACGCCCGUUCUUCAAUACAAUGGCCCAGAUUUUGGGUUUGAUGCCUUACACCUCGGGUUUCAGCAGGGCGAUGGUGAAGGAUUGGGAGAAUUUGAUUUCAGUAAUGCGCCACUGCUUACCGAUAUGACAGUAAGUAUUGUAUCUUCUUUAGACAAGAUAGAAAACGCGCAUUAG